UUUUUCUAAAACUAAAAUCAAAACGUGCACAGCAAGUCUGAGUCUCCUUCUCCCCCGUCCCUUCGCACCGCCUCUGUUCCCGAAGCCCUUGUCCGAUCCUCUCCCCGUCUUCGCCCGGCAUCGGCGGCGGCGGAGUCUCCUUCUCCUGUCUCUUCGCACUGACUCUGUUCGCGAAGCCCUUGCUCCUCCUGAAGUCCGAUCCUUCCCCCCGUCUUCGCCCGGCAUCCGCCGCCGCCGCCGCCGCCGCAUUGUCCUUCUCGACAUGGACGUAUUGAAGAUUGUCUUCACCUGGCGAAGGCAGAAUUCCAAGAACCUGAUACCUGAAGGGCCGCUGCAGAAGAAGUUGAAACUGCAGGAAGAAAGCGAAGAGAUGAGGGAAGAGGGCAAGGAGGAAGAUACCCAAAGUGAAAUGGAGGAAGAGAAAGGGAACGAGAAGGAUCAAAGGGUUUAUGAGCAUACUUCAGAGGAAGAUGAGGUUUAUGUUUGGCCUAAUGGUAAUCGCAGUAGGACUCGCGAAGAAUGGGACAGAUAUUACAAACAAAUCAAGGAAAGCGAGGGAUUCGAUGUUGAUCCAUUUCCAGGCACUUGUGAGUUUGGCCUUACGGCGAUCACGGAUUUUGAUGAUGAAAUUCUUCUCAGAUGUACUAAAUUGGCAAUCGAACAUUUUAAUAAGGAAAAUGAUAUGAGUUAUGUGUUUGUAAAAAUAGAGAAGGCAACGUGUAGUGUCGCAGCAGGACUUUGGUACUAUGUUACCUUCCAAGCAGUUGACAGUGAAGCUGAGUGGAAAAUCUUCCAGGCGAAGGUGUUUUAUGGGGUGCAACGUAACAUUAGAGUUGCUCUUUGUAGACUCAAGCCAACUGCGAGUUAGUAAAGGCCGAAUGUCAUGCUCUACACCAGGCUGCUUCGCCAUUCAGGUGCUGUUUGGUCGUGCAUAAUGGUGGGAAAUAUAUAUAUAUAUAUAUAUAUAUAUAUAUAUAUUUUGAUUGCUGGUUUUUCUUUAUUUUAAGUUCUUAGUUAUUGAUGUUAGUACUUUGGAGGCUUUAACAAGUUAUAUUGUAGCAUUUUAUCUUCUUAUCUUUGCUUUAACAAAUAAAAGAUGCUACUUUUCCUGAAUAUGGGAGUUUGUUGGUGCUCUCGUGAAGAGUCAAAUUUAUCUACUUGUAGGGUUCGGUGUGAGAUACAAAACUUUGUAGUGUAAAACACAUACCUUAUGCAAAUAUGUUGCCCUUAUAUUCUAAGUGGUAUUGGCUUCUACUAAUUUUUGACUGGUAUUUGUCUGAAAGGCAGUUGAAAUAUAACAAUAUAUUGAGUUU